UCGUUUCCUGUUUUCUUUCACUCCAGCAACUCCUGCUCUGCAGGAACAACACUCUGCAUCACUUCCGUGUGAAUGGGCGGGGCUAAACUACUGUACAAUGAAUGGCCGGUCAUGUGCUCACAGAUUUGCACGGCCAUGUCGUCCACUCCUCUGGCCGAGACGGAAGAAGACGUGUUUGAUCUGACAGAGGCCGUGCCCGAGACGGAGCGACUGGACAGCAGUCUGCAAAAAGCGAAAGCCCAGCUGUCAAUCAAAACCAGGAGACACCGCCCCUCCAGGUCCCGCCUCAGAGACAGCCUGAGCUCUACGGAGGGGGAAGAUAGCCUCGACGGAAAGAGCUUCAGCAGCCCUCCCCACAGCACCUACUCUCCUCUCCAUGCCUCCCUCCGCUGCUCCUCACCAUCCACUGACCUCCAGCUCCCCUCCUCCUCACCUGCAUGGAGGGACCGAGCCUUCACCUUAGACCCUUUCCCUGAGACUCCAGAGCGGAGAGGCCGGUACAAACAUUUGCUGGACACCUCCUCUCAGGAGACCCUGCUGGUGACAACUUCCAGCGUCCCCUCCAAACCCUGCACCAGGUCAGAAACCUCCUCUCCAGCCCACCUGCGCCAGGGGGACCAUGGCCAGCUGCAUGAGGAGGACCAUUCUCUCCUGCGCCAGAGGGACCCCUCUCAGAGUGAAGAUGACAACCAUGACAUUGGUUCAGAUGAACCAGGCAGCCCAACAGUACUGCUGGACAAGAAGACCCGAAGACGUUUCCUCGACCUGGGGGUCACUUUGCGUCGCACAUAUGGGAAGGUCAGGAAGGACAGAGGCAACAGGCUAUCAGCAGGAAGCCGAGAGCCUGAGAGAGCAGAGGGGCGCUCCACACGUUCCUCCGGACCCCCCUUUGUGCCUUUCUCCUGGUUCAGUGACAGAAUCAGGGGGUCCAGCUCCCCCAAAUCCUCCAGCCAGUCUCCCACCAAGUCUCUGUCUAAGGGCUCUAGCCAGGAUGAAGAGUCGUCUGUUGGUCUUCUGGAAACCCACAGCAGGUCCGGCAAACCCGAGUCCUCCCAGCCGUACCGCAGCCUGUCUGAACAUUCGGAUGAGGCGUGCGAGGACACCAGAAGUGCGGACCCCUGUCUUGUGAAAAAGAAGGCCAUCCUGCCAUUUUCAACAAGCGGACGAGACAGGACAGAGAAGCAGAACGGAGUCCACAGCAAAAAGGACAGCGGGCAUAGCGGAGAUGGACAAAAGUUACUGACCACUUGAUGGCAGCAUGCCUCUGUGCUUUAGCGCACAGCACAAUAAGCCUCACAGCUGAAUUAAUGAAGGACAGUCACUUUUCAGAUGUAAAUACUGCAGUUGUGGUUAUUAUGUAAUAUGAAGGCUUUUAAAUCUGUACGAUUGGAUGGCGGCUUAAUAAACUUUUUUUUUGGAAAAAUGAUUAACUGUGAAUACUGGAAAAGUAUUUUAAGUUAAAAAUGUUGGAAAUACUAGAAAAUACAGGUGA